AAAAGCUAAUCACGAGGGAUGGAAGCAAUUGCAGUUCUUUGUGUUCUUGGAGUAGCAACAAUCAUGGGGUUAUAUAUAUGGAGGAUUUCCAACUGGUUGUGGUUUAAACCAAAAAAGAUAGAAAAAUUUCUAAGAGAUCAAGGUCUUAGAGGUAACUCUUAUAGGUUUGUUUUUGGAGAUUUGAAAGAGAUGAUGCAGAUGACAAGGGGAGCCAAAUCGAAACCCAUGAAUCUUACUCACGAUAUAGUUCCUCGUGUGUUGCCCUUCAUCCAUAAGUCAAUCGCUACUCAUGAUCAUCAAGGUCUGCUGGAUGGGAAUAUUUAUGCUGCUCGACAGAAUUCCUACAUUUCUUUGUUUACAACACACAAUAAUUGUAAUAAUUUUACAGUUAUAGUAUCC